CGCGCAGUCUGUUUAACAUUUUAUUUUUAGUGUGCUGCUCCGUUACAGCUGUGUUUCACUGCCUGAAUAAUAAUGUCUAACCUCUGAUCCACAGCGGCACAGCCGCACUGUUUCAGUUGUGACCUUGCGAUGUAGAUAAUACGUCGCUGAUAAGAAAAAUGCUGUUAUUUCUGUCUUCAUUACUUGAAAAGUACAUCAUCGAUGGCUCCUUUAAUAUUCUUUCUUCACUUUAAGUCUUACUGAGUCCCAUCCGAACCAUGGAGACAUUUGAAAAACGAUCAGGUACAACCAACAAAGGUACCGAUUAUGAAAAUUUCAACAUCGCCAACAUCGGAAUCAAUUGGGCCCUUGACAACCAAAUCGAAGAUUUUUAUUUAUCCUCUAAUGAUGAAAAUUUUGGUGCAUUUGAUGAUAUUGUUAUAAAAACUACAUCAGCAACAGGUAGCAAUGUCUCUGCUUUACAACUUAAACAUAACGAUCGAGGUACAUUAUCCAUAAAACAACUCAAACAAGAAAGCGGAGAUUUUAGCGUAAAAAAAUAUUUCACUUCUGUUCAAAGUAUAAAGUGCCAUGUAGAUAAUUUUAUUUUAUAUACUAAUCUUAAGUUUAGCGUUAAGGAAAGUACACGAUUUUGGCUUGACGGUGAAGAUUUUCUAAUUGGGUUGUCUCCAUUUCAACCAAAAGAUAAAAUUCUUCAGAUAUCUGAUGAAUUAAAUCAUUGUUAUAAGUUUCAUGUUGUUGAAAAUGACUGUACAUACGAUUACUCCCCAGAAAUUUUAAUGUACAAAAAUUUUUUUGAGAAAUUUUAUUUGUUUGUUAAUCAAGAUAAUCUUAAAACUCUUGAAACAAAAAUUGUCGAGAAGUUUAAAAAAUUAUAUCUCGCAAAUCAAACCGAAUGUGAUGCAUUUUUGAAAAUGAUAUCCAGGUGGAGUCAACAACAAGGUCAAAAACAUAAACUGUGUAAAAGUUGGAUACAACGUGCCAUUGCACUUACGCUUUUAUCUUCUCGAAUUAAACCGUUGUCCUUUGGUAGUAGUGUAAAUAAGAAUAUGAAAAUUCUACGAGAAGUAAUUUCUGCUUUCACGGUUACGGUGUUUGAAAAUAGUACUUACCAUAAAAUUAAAGACUUGUGGGGCGAUGCUAUGACUCAGGUUAAAGAUACCAAACAAUUGAAUAAAACGAGAGAAAUGUAUCACCUAAGCCCAUAUUAUAUUAAAACUCUUGACGACGUAGAUUUUAAUUUAUUAAGCACAUUAUUGUGGUUGAACGGUACAUGUCCAAUAAUAGUAACGGAGGAUGCAGUCAUUCAUAAAGUGAUUACGUUGUGUCCAGAGGCUAAGUUUAUUGUUCUCGGAGACGAUGUUAAUGAAAAAUUUACUAAUUACGACUGUUCAGUUUUUCGAAAUUUAUCGGACUUAAAGGCAUCAUCCAGAGAUAGUGUUCUUGAAACGUUUAAUUUGUCUAUUCAGGGAAAAGAAGAAGUUAGUUUAAAAAAUGCAUUUCGUAAAGAUUUUAUUGAUGCUGUAAGAACAAGCUAUUUGGUGGAAAUGUUGAACGAACCAUACGCUGUAGGAGGGCUACAAGAAAAUCUUCCGACGCCAUACAUCGACAGGUAUCUAUGGAGAAAUGUUAUAAAUUUCAAAUAUUUUGAAAAGAAUGAUGAAAACACUUUAAUUGUCGUAGACUGCGUGCAAAAAUUUGAUUCAUUGAAGCGAAAAUUAAAGAACUGCAGUGUUCAUAUUGUCGACUAUUUAAACUAUUUAAACGAAAGCAGUAUACACAUUGAACGGAAUGAAAUAGCAGAAAGUGGAACUUUCGCGAUUAGCGUUUUCAUUACUACAAACACGUGCCAAAAAAUGCAGUUUGAAGCGAUUUGCGACAAAAAUAAAGACUUUAAAAACUACCAUCACUUGAGAUUUAUAGAUGCCGACAAUUUUGAAUGGAUUCAAAGUAAGGGUAAUGCAAGCAGUUUGGAAGAAUAUAAAAUAACUGACUUCCUUUUGACAGAAAAAGAGAUGUUGUGUACAAAACUUGAGACCAAUAUAAAUUUGAUAGUGAGUAAUCCCGGAAUGGGAAAGUCUGAAUUAAUGAAAAGUUUAAAAAACACUUCUCCUCCAGAAAUUUGGACCAUCAUGAUGAACCCCACAGAUAUGUAUCUUUUUUCCAAAUAUCUUACUAGUAAUAAUCAAUCUGCCAACUUAGAAACUUUGCAAAAUUUUCUUUUAAAUGAGAAAUACAGAUGCAUGGAUGAAGGAGCGAAACAUUUUUUGCAAGUAUUUAUUAAACAGAACCAAGUGUAUUACAUUUGGGAUGCCCUGGACGAAAUUCCCGCUGAAUCUGUUGAAACGAUUACAAGUUUAAUUGUUGAGCUUUCCAAAGCAAACCACGUCCAGUGGAUAACAAGUCGAUUUCAACUGAAACAAUUAUUAGAGAAUAAAUUUAACGUGCUUUCUUUAAAUUUAUGUCAAUUCAGUGAACCAGAGCAAAUUACUUACAUUAAAAAACGUCUUGAAAACGUUGAUACAACCGAAGAGAUUGACCAAAUUAUAAGCACAGUUCGGUCUUCAUUUGCACUGGUUGAACACACAGAAAUCUUGGGUAUACCUUUACAAAUCUUUAUGCUCACAAAUUUGCUUCGACAAGAUAUAAACAAAUAUUUCAAACUUCUUUGUAAUAUAUUUGUUUUGACUGAUUUAUAUCACUAUUUUGUGGAAGAAAAGAUGAAGGUCUACUUUGAGAAAACCGUGGGAGGGGAUUUUAAAAAUCCCUUGUAUGAAUCAGCAUUAAAAAUACUAGAAGAUGCAAUUCUCAAAUACCAUCAAAACUUAGCCCUAAGAACAUUAUUUUCUAUAGAAUUCUUAAAGAAACUGAAUAUCGAUCUUGAGCAUAAUUUCGAGGAAUCUAAAGAAGAAUACAUUUCGGUAGGUUUAUUAACAAAAAUAAUAUCUAAGCCGGCACAUUUCAUUCAUAACUCUUUUGCGGAAUAUUUCGCAGCGCUUUAUUUCUCUCAAAAUCAGCGGCUUUCAUCUAUUUUUGUAGAUGUGAUUUUUGAACCAAGGUAUCUAAAUGUACGUUUUUUUUUCGAUUUGCUCUUGGCAAAAGAAUCACCACCUCAUGUGGCAGUAUUAUACAAGAACAUAAAUUUAUUGGAGAGGUAUGAACAUCAAAUUCGCACAGGUACAGAUGCCGGUGGUCGAAGUGUCUUACAUGUAGCUUCUUCUUGGGGACAGAGACAUCCUCGAUUGGAUGUUACAACAACUGCAGACGCCUACAUCGUAAAUGAUUCAGAUGUUCCUAAUGUGGAGGGUGAAAAGACGGAAAAUUUAAAGAUAUUAAAUUAUUUACUAAAUAUCUGUGAUUUAGCUCAAUGCGAUUUGUUAUUAAAAAUGACGCCGCUGUUGUACGCCCGAAAAAGCAACAGUCUUGUCAUAGAAUAUAAGAUCUUAAAACAACUGAAUAAAAAUUUAUUGGAUCUACCUGUCGAGCAUAUAAUAAAUUUAUUAUAUUAUACAGCUGUUUGCGGAUAUGAUGAUGUAAUAGACCACCUAAAUUUAGAGGUAUCAACUUUAAGUGAUAGACAAGAUGCAAAACUAUUAAAACUUGAGAAAAAGGUUUUAGAUGCCAGAAAUAUCGUGAACAAGACAUUCCUUCACCUAGCAUCUGCUAGACAAUUUGAGAAAGUUAUCAAAUUUUUAGUGAAACAAGGUACUAGUAUAGAAGCCUCUGAUACUGAGGGAGCUACAGCUCUUUACUUUGCAAGUCAAGGGGGUUACUACAAAAUUGUAGAAUUUUUAGUUACAGAGGGUGCCGAAAUUAAUCGCGAGAAAAUGAACGGUGUUACAGCUCUUUUUAUAGCUUCGCAGUAUGGACAUAUCAAGGUUGUAGAAUGUCUACUUGGGCUAGGCGCAAAUCCAAAUCAGCCUAGAGAUAAUGGUGCAACACCUCUUCACGUAGCAUGCGAAUUCGGACACACAGAAAUUACAGAGCUUUUAGUUGCGUCAGGUGCCGAUAUUGAACACGGCAGAUUGGACGGUAUUACGCCUCUUUUUACAGCCUCACAGUUCGGACAAAUUAACGUUGUGGAACGUUUACUUGCGUUAGGCGCAGAUCUAAACCACCCUAGAGACAAUGGCGCAGUACCUCUUCACGUCGCUUGUGAAUUAGGACAUGAAACGAUUAUAGAACUUUUACUAACAUCGGGUGCCGAAGUCGAUAGCCACAGAACGGACGGUAUUACGCCUCUUUUUACAGCAUGCCAGUAUGGACAAACUAGAAUAGCAAAAGGCCUUCUUGUGUUAGGCGCAAACCCAAAUCAGCUUAGAGAUACUAACGCAACACCUCUUCACGUAGCUUGUGAAUUCGGACACGACGAAAUUGUAGAACUUUUAGUAACAUCGGGCGCAGAAAUUAAUUUCGCGAGGUUGGACGGUGUUACGCCUCUUUAUACAGCUUCUCAUUGUGGUCAAAUCAAGAUUGUAAAACGUCUGCUUGCGUUAGGUGCAAACGUAGACCAGUGUAGAAUUAAUGGCGCAACACCUCUUCACAUAGCUUGUGAAUGCGGACACGAAGAGAUUAUUGAAUGUUUAGUAGCGUCAGGUGCCGAGAUUAAUCGUGGCAGAACAGACGGUAUUACGCCUCUUUUUACAGCCUGUGAGUUUGGAAAAACCAAGAUUGCAGGACGUCUUCUUGUGCUAGGCGCGGACCCAAACCAACAGAGAGAUAUUGGCGCAACACCUCUUCACGUAGCGUCCGAAUUCGGACACGAAGAGAUUAUAGAACUUUUAGUAGCAUCGGGUGCAGAAAUUAACCGCGCGAGGUUGGACGGUGUUACGCCUCUUCAUACAGCUUCUCAUUGUGGACAGAUCCAGAUUGCAAAACGUCUGCUUGCGUUAGGUGCAAACGUAAACCAGUGUAGAGAUAAUGGCGCAACACCUCUUCACAUAGCUUGUGACAACGGACACGAAGAAAUUGUUGAAUAUUUAGUAGCGUCAGGUGCCGAGAUUAAUCGUGGCAGAAUCGACGGAAUUACGCCUCUUUUUACAGCUUGUGAGUUUGGACAAACCAAGAUCGCAGGACGUCUUCUUACGCUAGGCGCGGACCCAAAUCAACAGAGAGAUAUUGGCGCAACACCUCUUCACGUAGCGUCCGAAUUUGGACACGAAGAAAUUAUCGAACUUUUAGUAACGUCGGGUGCAGAAAUUAAUCGCGCGAGGUUGGACGGUGUUACGCCUCUUCAUACAGCUUCUCAUUGUGGACAAAUCAAAGUUGUAGAACGUCUGCUUGCGUUAGGUGCAAACAUAAACCAGCGUAGAAAUACAGGCGCAACACCUCUUCACAUAGCUUGCGAAUUCGGACACGAUGAAAUUAUAGAAAUUUUAGUUGCAUCGGGUGCCGAUAUUAAUUUAGUGACAUCUUUUGACCGUUCACCACUCUCAGUUGCUUUAGAAAAAAAGCAAAAUUGCUGAAAUUUGAAGGGGUGGAGUAAUUCAAGUAACAUGAAGUCUAGUUAAUCUGCGGGUAAAAGUGCAGUACUUUAAAAACCGAACUGACCAAGAAUAACUUAACAAGAUGUCACUUGCUGUUUGAAGUAAAAUACAAAAAGGCAUAUUUCUGCUAUGUUUUGUUACUUAAUAUAAUUAUUUUAUUUCCAUUCUUAUGUAAGACUAUUUAUUUUAUGUAGACGAGAUAACAUUUGGUUUUCUACAUUAUUAAAUUUUUCUUUAUAUAAAAAUUGAUUAUUUAUAUUUUUAUACCGUUAAAUGGAGAUGCAUCAUUAUUGUUCAGAUGAAUUUUUUUUAUUGUCGAAUCCAUAGUGUAUUAGACUGGCACAUACCUAUAAUUUAAAUUAUUUGUAAGUUUAUAUAUCAAUUCAAUGUUGUAAACAGUAGAAACAUUGUGGAAACAGAGGCUAAUUAUUAAUUAAACAUCAUCACUUAUUGCCAGUUUUUAUCAUUAUUACGGUAAUUGGAAGUAAACUUUUGAGACGACUUUCAACUGUUAAUCUGGAUACCCAAACAUAUUAGACGGAUCUAUGUCUAUUAUUAUUUAUUUAUUUGUUUGUUUAUUAUGGAUUGGAUGGAUUAACCCCAAGAAAAAUUUGUGUUGCGUUUCUCGAACUGUAGAACAAAACAAGAUGACCAUUGCAAGUGCUUCUCUGGUUUAACGUAUUCAAAACUACAUAUAAAGAGGUCUUAAGAAGGUGUAUGUUUAUUAGACAUAACCAUUUUAAGGAUUGAAAUUAAUAACUGAAUCCCCUAAUGAUUCUUCCGUUGUACCUAAUAUAGUUGAAGCAACAUUAAUUUUUGAACUUUCUGACUGGUCGAUGUAGCCUUCAGCCCCUGCCGAUGACCGCCAUCCACCAUGUCUCUUAAUACCUUCCAUACUGGUUCCAGCAUGUGCUAGAAUGCUAGCAGAAGUACGACGAAAGCAGUGACUGGUAUAUGCUGAAGGCGUCCGCAUGUUCUUUAGUCAGAGUGGAGGAUUUUUUUGGCUUAUGACCUUCUUCUUUUCUUUUGAGAUAAAGAAUGAGACCAGAAAAUGGACUAAUAUCUAUACUCUCAGGGAAGAACUUCUGAAGGACACAAGUUCACUACGAAAAUAUGCCAACAGGCAAUCUUCGGUGGUUUUAAUAAUCUUGUUCUUUGUACACCAGAGCCGGCAUGUCUUGUACGCAGUUUCAUACAAAAUUUUAGAUUUCUUCGGCAGCAGUUCUUCUGUUGCUUUUAAAGCAAUAUUCUGAAUCUCGUCAAGAACUUUCAAUAGUUCUAUUGAACUCAUUUCUUAUUCAAAAUUGAACAAAUUUAUACAGCUAAUUGGCGAUUUAAAAAAAACAAUCACUUGUCAAACAAUUUAUUUGCCUGUGACAACAACAAUGCCUACUAAAAUUUAUCAAAAAUUUUUAAAUGGAGAUGAAAAAGUUACAAAAAAAAAAUCUUUUGUUGAGUCAAACAUAAAGCUAUGUAUGUCACACGUACAUGAUGCUUUUUAUUGGACGCGUCCAAUAAAUCUAUGCAUUAUGUACUAGUAACAUAGAGAGCUAUUUUCUCAUAAUAUAUUUUUCACUGACCACGUUUUUAACAUUGUUCAAAAUAAUUAUGGGUAUUUUUUUCCAGUGGCUAUGUUGCGAAUGUCCUUUUCCCAUGGUUCUUGUUUCAUUUUGUUAAAAAAAUAUACAUAUAUAUUUUCGUACCAUGAAGUACCAUUCCGCUUACUAGUUACCACAAGACACUAUUUGUACACUUGUAUAUUGAGGUCACAAUCAUCCCAUCUUUAAGAAGCUACAACCGAAAAAAUCCGCAUCAAAAAAUCAAAGAAGAUAAUGCUACUGAAUCAAGAUGGGGAGGUGUUUUAAUCUCUAUCUAUUUCUAUUUCUUUCUCAAGUUGAGGAAAACGUCAGUUAUGUGUCGGUAUUUUUUGUAAAAAAAUGUACCAUUCAGUGAAAAACAGUAUUAAAACCUUUCAGUUCAUGAUAAAAUUUGAAAUAAACCAUAAUAGCUUCAAGGCGAUUUUACCUACUUUGUGACAAAAGUGAGCGACAAAAUUUGGACAGUUCAGCGUUCAGAAAGAUUCUAGUGUGGUAUAACUGGUAUAUUUCAGUCUACAAAAUGCCACAUACAUAUGUCACCAUCAAUGAGAUAUUAAAAAAUGUAUUUCUUUAAUACAACAUUAUCAUAGACUGUAAUUGGUCUUGAGAAAGUAUGCACUUUGUGCAAAAGAAUUUCUGGAGCAAGUGGAAGGCUAACUAGCCUGACGUAGCCUGUAGGUGAAAUCGUCGUGUUUCCUGUUUUCUUUCCAUAAAUCAUAACUGGACUCUAACUGCUUGGUGCAUUUUAUAGUAAGUAAAAUGUAAUUGGUGCCAUAAUUUAAGACAAAUUAAUUUAAAGAGUUUCGUGUAUUUCAGUCGUUGAAAUAUUAAGUGCCUGCUACUACUAAAAUAUAAAGAAUUAUGUUGAAAUCUUAAUUUACAAUAAAGUUUUAUUUGUA